ACUUUUGAGCGCAAAGUCACACAUAAUUUGUGUUCAAAAGUUGUAUUGAUUUUUGAGUUUUUAUUUAUUUAUUUAUUUUCUUUGUUAACAAAAAUGAGAUAAAAAUUGAAUUAUUUUUAUAAAUCACGAAAUCAUUGAUUAGUUUCUCAUUGAAUAACUGUUUGUCAUUUGGUGUCCAUUUGUGUCCAUUUGUAUCCAUUUGUGUCCAUUCGUGUGGAUGGAGAGGAAGAUCCGUCUCAAGUCUCUCAACCCUCACAUCACGUGUAAGAUAUGUCGCGGAUAUCUGAUCGAUGCCACGACUGUCACCGAAUGUCUUCACACGUUCUGCAAGAGUUGUUUAGUGAAGCACUUGGAGGAACACAACUCGUGUCCGACGUGUGAGAUAGUCAUCCAUCAAUCACAUCCACUGCAAUACAUCAGUUUCGACCGCACGAUGCAAGACAUUGUCUAUAAACUGGUUCCAAACCUCCAACAAAAUGAGACCAAACGAGAGCGUGAUUUCUACCGCCGCAGAGGACUGCCGUACCCGAAGGCCAACGACAAGGACAAGGUGUGCGACAAAGACGUCUACACUUUC